AUGAAUAUUCCUAAGUAUGAAAACAAGCCAUUUAAACCACCUAGAAGAGUGGUACCUGGUGAGAAACCUGACAGUGGCAGACAUGCAAGUUUAGCGCCCAUCACAGGUCAGAAGAGAAAUCAUUCGAAUUUCUCAAAUAUUAAUGGUAGUAAGCUUACUGAGGGAAGCACGAAGAAGGUAAAGACUAAAAUAGUAUCCAGUAGCACUAAUGUGUCAAGACCAAGUUCGUCCCCACGUUCUGAAACAUUCUAUACUAUUAUUCAUAGGAAACCAUCUCAAAAGAAACAUAAAGUUUGGACAGGUGAUGGAUAUGCUAUAGCGAGAUUAAAAGAAGGAAGCAAAGUAGAGAUUGGUAAAUUAUUAUUUUAUGAUGAUUCUGGGAGAUAUUUAGGUUCGCCUAACCUGGCUUACAUGAAACCAGAUAUUGAUCUGAUGGACGCUAUAUUUAAAGCAUCAGGUUUAGAGAUCCAGCUAGAUCAUAAGAUUGUUGGUAAGGAGGAGAUGGAUAAUGUGAUAACUGUUUUAAAUAUAGAUGGUAAGUCUGAACAUCUAUCAAGUUCUGCUAGGUCAUUGGUAUCAUCCCAGCCUAGUUCGGGUGACAAUGCAAUUAUAAAUUCUAUAAGUCAAAUUAAUAAGUCAGCAGUACCUAUAUCCCAAUUGGUAAAAACUAUGAAACUCUCUAGGUUUAAAUCAGUUACAUCAAAAUCACAGGUUUUAACACCACACCGAGUGUCUGGAGUUUCAAGCACAGUAAUUUCUGGUAAUAAAACCUAUUUACCAUUCUUUGAUAAAAACAAAAUUGAAAAUCCAAUUGUUAUGAAUAGCUCAAGUGAUGCAGAUGUUGAAGUUAUCGUUGAUCCUUUAUUAUCUAAAUUUCUGAGACCUCACCAAAGGGUAGGCAUUAAAUUUAUGUAUGAUUGCAUAAUGAGUCUCGAUCAGUCAUCUAACCCGGACUUAUUGGAAGAAGAUAAAGAUCUUACCUCUACCAACGUUUUAUUAGAGAAGGAUUCGGAUAUUAAUGGAUGUAUCCUUGCAGAUGAAAUGGGUCUUGGUAAGACAUUGAUGACCAUUGCAUUGAUAUGGACUUUAUUGAAACAAACACCUUAUUGUCGUGGCAAAGAUAUUAAUAUAUCACAAUCUGGGGUUCCAUUAGAAGGUUAUUUCAAGAAGAUACUAAUUGUUUGUCCGGUAACUCUUAUUACAAAUUGGAAGAAUGAAUUUAGAAAAUGGCUAGGUCUAAAUAAGAUAGGUGUAUUGACACUUUCAAACGCCAAUAUAGGGGAUAUGGAUAGGAGUGCAGUCCAUAACUUUCUUAGAGUUCAUAGGACAUACCAAGUAUUGAUUGUCGGCUACGAAAAAUUACUGUCGGUAGGUGAUGUUCUUAUUCAAGAUAAUAGUGAUCAAAAUAAAGCCCUGGGAUCUAUCGACCUUUUAGUAUGUGAUGAAGGUCAUAGAUUAAAGAAUCAAACUUCAAAAAUAUUAAGUAUAUUAAAAGAUAUUGAUGUGAAAAAUAAAAUAUUAUUAUCAGGUACACCUAUUCAGAAUGACCUUACAGAGUUCCACACAAUUAUUGAUUUUAUUAAUCCCGGUAUAUUCGGUAGUUAUAAUUACUUUAAGAAACAUUAUAUUACUCAUAUUACAAGGGCAAGAGAUACGGUGAAUAAAUAUAAUGAUGACAUUGUUGCUCUCGGUGAGGAGAAAUCCAAUGAGUUAAUUGCAAUUACAAAAAAAUUUAUCUUACGAAGAACUAAUGAUAUACUGAAUAAGUAUCUACCUCCAAAGACAGAUUUAAUUUUAUUCUGCAAGCCUAACUCUUCGCAGUUAUCUGCGUUUAAAAAUUCAGUAGAUACCUCUCAGUUGGAUUUCAAUUGUUUGACGUACAAUUCAUCCUUGAGUUUAAUAACUACGUUUAAAAAGAUUUGUAACUCACCCAGUUUAAUUCGUUCACCUAAUUCCGAACAAACUUCUGGGUAUUUUUCUGGAAUAGGUAGAUCUUAUGAUGUUACGUCAGGUAAAUUAACUGUAUUGAUGAAGCUAUUAAACAAUAUACGGCAAAAUUCAAAGGAUGAAAAGGUUGUCAUUGUUUCUAAUUACACCCAAACAUUGGAUAUUAUACAAGACAUGAUGAAUUCUGCUGCGAUGGUAUCCUGUCGUCUUGAUGGGUCGACUCCACCAAAACAAAGGGGUUCGCUUGUUUCAUCAUUUAAUAACAACCCUAAAAUAUUCGCAUUUUUACUUAGCGCAAAGUCAGGAGGUGUAGGUUUGAAUUUAAUUGGAGCAUCUCGUUUAAUACUUUUUGAUAAUGAUUGGAAUCCCUCUGUAGACAUUCAAGCGAUGUCAAGAAUCCAUAGAGACGGCCAAAAGAGACAUUGUUAUAUAUAUAGGCUAGUAACAACUGGUUGUAUAGAUGAGAAAAUUUUACAAAGACAGCUGAUGAAAUCUAGUUUAAGUUCCAAGUUUUUAGAUGAUUCCGACGUAAAUUCUGACAUUGCAAACAAUAGUAAGCAAAAUAAAUCUAAUAGUGAUAAUUUAUUUGAUAAAGAGGAUCUUAAAGACUUAUUCACAGUAGUAAGUGAGACAACCAGUAACACACAUGAUUUGGUCUGUCCUUGUAAUGGUAACAACACUAUAAUAAAUUUACAGAACUUGACAGAGAAAGAAAAUUUAAUGGAUGUAGAGGAGAGAGAGAACAGGAAGGUGCUUGGGUCGUGGUCCAGCGCGUUGGCUUUGAAGGAUGUCAUAAAAAAUAGUCAGAAACAAGAGAAACUCCUUAAGGGUGAAAUGAUGAAAAAAUGUCUGAUUGGUUACAGGCAUAUCAACCCAUUGAAAUAUCCCAAUUUGCAUGAUAUUGUGGCUACCAACACGGUUAAAGAACUUGCUGGAAUUGUCACGUUUGCUUUUGUGAAAAUAGGUGAAGAUAACUCAGCAUGA